AUGUCAACGUUCAAUGGCCUUGUCAAGGAAUUUCCCAACAUCAGAAUCGACUACUUCAGGCAUCAUCCAGGAAGGCCACCGCCUGCUGCGUAUUUUCUCAGUCAUGUCCACAGCGACCACUUACUCGGGUUAGAGUCGGUCAAGAUGCCGUUCGUAUAUUGCUCGGCCACAACUAAACGUAUCCUGCUUAAUAUGGAAAAGUAUCCCCAUCGCAUCAACUUUGCAAAAGGCAUCCUUGAAGCACGCAAGCAACACUAUCGGCAUCUGAAAACUGUCCUUCGAACACUUCCGAUGAGCACCGCUACUGAACUCGAGCUCGGUCCAAAAUCCACCAUUCGAGUGACCUUGCUGGAUGCGAACCAUUGCCCUGGUGCGGUCAUGUUCUUGAUCGAAGGCGAGGACAAGGCCAUUCUUUACACAGGAGACAUCAGAGCUGAAUCUUGGUGGGUGAAUUCAAUUGUGCAGAACCCCGUUUUAUUACCGUAUGCUUGCGGCUUGAGACAUCUUGACUGCAUCUAUCUUGAUACCACGUUUGCCACUCGUGAGGAACCAUACAGCAACUUUCCCACCAAAGCCGAAGGGUUAAAAGAGCUUCUUGAGAAAGUGAGUCAGUGCUCUCCGGAAACUACAUUCUACUUUCGGGGGUGGACUCUAGGCUACGAAAAUGUUUGGAUCGCCCUGUCCAAUGUUUUGCAAUCCCGUGUCCAUGUGGACGAAUAUCAAUUUCGGAUAUUUGGCAAGGGGCUCGAAGAUGCUGGUAACAAUGAGAGUGCUGCACUAACAGGAUUCACCGUCGGCAACAGUCAGCUUCCAGGUUGUUUCACUCUGGAUAACACUGCGAGGAUUCAUAGCUGCGAACCUGGAUUGAAGUGUCACUCAGAGAUCAAACAGAUGAAGAACAUCAAGUGGAUUACUCCGAUAAUUUCGAGGCUCAAAGAUGGAACCGAGAUCAGAGAGCUAGGAGCUGGAGGAGGAGCGAGAGACCUCUAUCCGAUGUCUGAAUUGAAGCUGGAGGAUCGAGCAUCCUUUCAACAGCUUUUGGAUCUCUUUGCAUCUUCCGUGGACGACAAUUCAUUGAAGUCAAAAGUAUUCCAGGGCCUUGGUCAUUCCGGUAUGACACGAGAUUGGUCUCUGGCGCUUGAAGGACCUGAUGAGCUAAAAGUAGACCAGAAUGGUCAUAUACGACUGGAAGAUUUUGUGCCCUUCCUUUCGAACAGAUACAAGGAGACAGACCCUUCGGGUCUACAGCUCAUGUGCUCCAAUCGAGAGUCAAGACCUCAGAUGGACGCAAACGAUACCAUACACUUUCCAUAUUCUCGCCAUUCCUCAUAUAAUGAGCUUCGUCAUUUUGUUGGGCUAUUUCGACCAAGAGAUAUCUGCCCCUGUACUGUCUGCCCGGAAACUUGGUCCGAAGAGCUCAGCAUGCAAGCACUUUUCGGAGAUCUCUGUGCUGACCAAAGGUUCUACUUUGAUCAAGAGACUCGAGAACUAGUCGAAAAGUCGAAAGAGGAGGAGAGUCUCAGCAGUGCUGCUGGCGGUAAAAGGAAACGAGGAGAUGACGAUACUCAGCAGACGGAAUCCCAGGAUACGAACCAUAAUGACGGCGUGAGUGUAGGCGAGGACGGGGAGGCGCUACAACCCCCCAAGAAGGCUACUAAGCUCAGAGAUGCCGCGCCGGAUGAAGAGGGCAGCAACCAAGAACAGCGUGAGUUAAGCCCCACCAGUCUUCCCAAAGUCGAUGCAGUAUUCCGCCAACGCGACGGGAGCAUCGACGGGGAUUCUUUGGGAGUAGACGACUCUGACGGGGAGUCCUUGUCCCCUUCGGCGUUUGACGGUCAACCGGGGGACCAGUUGGUCCUAUCUGAUGAAGAUGUCGAAGAGCAGUCCUCUGGAGUUGAACUAGACUGUCAAGGCGUGCACAAAUUGGGAAGCCGGCCCCUCGACGCAGAAGAUACGCUGGAACGGAGGCAAGAGAGAUUGUGGGCGUACAAGGCUGCGAAAAAGUGCCUAGUACACAAUGACAGCUCGGAUUGGGAGGCGAUGCCCUUGAGGAGCGUCGGCCACAUUGGACAUGACAGCGAGGAGAUUGAGCUGUAA